UUAUUUUAUUUGGUGUUCCGAUCCAUGGAGGCUGCAAAGACGACGAAGCGGCUAAGGAUUCUUUAUGUCUCACUAAGGCUUCUGGCCUUGGGCGCCACGGUUUCGGCAGCCUUCGUGAUGGCCACUAGCCAUCAGAAAAUCUACCUGUUUUCUGCUCCUUUUGAAGCCAAGUAUAGCCACACCACCGCCUUCAAGUAUUUCCUUAUUGCCAACGCUGUUGGAAGCGUGUAUGGGAUCCUCAGGCUUUUCCCACCUCCCAAGAAUUUCCUCUGGCGGUUAGCUCUAGUCUCAGAUGUGGUAAUGACGAUGCUGUUGACGUCAAGCGUGUCGGCAGCUCUGGCCAUUGCUCACGUGGGAAAGGAAGGCAACUCUUACGCGGGGUGGCUGCCGAUUUGCGACAAGUUUCACAAAUACUGCGACCAAGUCGCCGGAGCUUUGAUCGCCGCCUUCCUUGGUGUCAUACUGUAUAUCUUGCUCCUUCUCUAUACCAUCCACACUAUCCCUCGCUAAGUAUUUUUACUUAUAAUUAUAUAUGUCUGCCAUAUCUACUUGUAGUAUACACCCAAAAGGUGAAUACUAAGUUGUAAAUUCAAUGAGCUGAGUGAGAUCGAGAUCAUGAUCACAAGCUAGCUUCUUUCUGCUCGAUCGUAAUUUCAAUGGAGAACUGAUCUGAUUGGGAUUAUUAUGA